UGUUGUCAUUUUUUCUGUGCGUGAAAGGUGAAAAAGAUUUCUAUCGCGAAAAAGUUUAUUCGGUUCGUUCUUCUCGCGAGUUUUUGGUAAAAAAUCGGUGCAAAUAGUGCUAAUUCGUGCGUGUAAAAUGUGCCACCAGUUCGGCUCUAUUGCCUAGAAAGGAAUCCACGGUGCACAAAGAACCAUGAAUUGCCACCAGAUACUAAGCGGAGCCUGCAAUGCUGGCGAUCGUUGUUUUGCCGUCGGAUCCGUCGAAGGAGUCCCAUUCACUGCGUACGCUGCGGGAUGUAAUAUCGUUAUCCUAGCGAGUAAUUUCGAACGGGUGCAGAUUAUCCCCGGGGCGGUGCACAACUACAUACGGAUCUCGGCACUCGAUUGCAGCACUGAUACGGGUAAAAUCGCUGCCGCCUACGAAGACAAAGUUUGCAUCUUCGAACCGACGCCGCUGAUUCAUGGCGAACGACCUUCCUCGCAUGGACUGGAGUACAAAUGGGUUCAAACGGGUAGUCUACAGGCAACAUCGCACAUCAGUUCACUGUCUUGGAAUUUAGAAGGAACUCGUCUGCUAACCGGUGGAACGGUUCUGCAGUUGUGGCAUGAGCGGCUGUCAAAGCCAGAUGACGACGAACCCACUUCGGUUAAGUUUGAAAUCGGUGGAGAUCGCGACCCGAGAACACCGACAAAUGAAGAAGAAUCCGACUCGCAUUGGGAUUGCGUAUGGAAGUGCCAUACCGCCACGCCGGUGCAUCACAUGGCCUUCAGUCCGGAUGGUACGCUGUUUGCUACCUCCGGUAAAAGCGAUCGCUUGGUCAAGGUGUGGUACGAGAACAAGCACUUGUUAUUCCCGAACAAAAGCUUCGAUCAAUCGCAGACGCAAAGUUUCUGUGGUGCACCGGAGGUGGUCUACGGUUUCGUGUAUGUUGCUCACCCGAGAGCGGUGACUCAUCUAUCAUGGCGAAAAACAAGCAAGUACAUGCCCCGAGGAUCUGUGUCCAACAUGCUUGUGACUUCGUGCUUGGAUAACAUCUGCCGUAUAUGGGUGGAAACUGUUUUACCUGACGACGGUUUAGUCAACAUGAACCAGUUUGACCCUCUUGCAUCACAAAAUCCAAAGUUUCGAACACACAGACAUAAGCAUCGGUUCAUGCAACGGCUGAAACACAUGAAGACAUGUUUUCACAUUAGACGCCACGCGAAACACAACGGUCCGACUGGACUGAAUGGCUUAGGGGCAGGCUUCGGCGGACCUGGAGCAAGCGCUGGGUUUGGGAAUCCACCAAUACCGACGCUCCCAUCCACUUAUAGUGUGCAUGACUUCCACUCCUAUGGUUAUCACGGCACUGGAGUUACGCCAGGUCUGCAUUUUCAUCUAGCUGCUUCGAUCAAUGCCGAAACGGAUAUCCCAUUGGUACCGUCGAUGCAUACAAAUGACCCUUCGGCGCAACCCAAUUUCAUUCUACAUUGGUUAAAUAACAAAGAGAUGCAUUUCUCUCUGCAAGCAGAGGCUAUUUUACAAGAUAUGACGAGGAAGGUUAUUGAAAAAGAAGAUUUACUAUCAAGUGCAAACAGCGAAGGACACUCGGAAGGAUUGCACGAUGACGAUUUACCUAACGAAGACGGCAAGAGGAGACCAAAAAUGAAGUCGACAUUUUCCCAGGAGGAAAGUAACAGCGAAGAGCAGCCACCGGUAGCUCAUCGAUCACAUUCGGUUGGCGGUGGAUCGCAUGCUGGAAUACCAAGCCAUCACACACUUUCAAAUACAACUUCUAUCAACUCGCUGGCCAAUGAUGGAAGCAACAUACACGUUACAGAUUCGCUGGACAUGAAGAUAGAAUGUCUUCUGCGAGACUGGCAUCACAGCCCGGAUUUGUUGUUCUCAAUUCAUCCCAUCGAUGGAAGCUACCUGAUAUGGGUAGUCGAAUGGCUUGACGAGUACCAUCCUGGCUCGUUCCGCCAGGCGCAAGUGUCGUUCUCUACCAGAAUACCAUCGGCAUUCCCGCUAGGCGAUGCAAUGUCCAUGUCCACGACAGUCGCUCUUUAUAACACCGGCGGUAAUCUGGGCUUCCGCGAUAUGAUAGUCAAAGGGCCUAAAGCUACUAACGGUAGCAACGGAAGUAAUCAUCCCGACAUGAACAGCGAUAUUGUUACAUCUCUUCCCAGUGUUCUUGAAGAGAAUGAAGUAAAUGAUGAAGACAAUGACGGUGACAAAGUUAGCGGUGAGGAGGACGCAAAUUCUGCAAAAGUUGGCGACGCAGCAUGUAACGAAAACGCCACAGAACACUCGGAUAUUUUGACUGCCCCUCCUUCGCCGGUAAUUUCAAUGGUGACAAAGCACUCGAAUGGCACAUUGAAUCUGUGGCAACUUACGUUUGCGGACAAGAGCAAAUUCUCUCAGGUAUUGAGCAUAGGGCAUGCUUCCAGAGCAUCCGGUCAUCGUUUCCGGGUGAAUGACAUUACCUGUCAUCCUGUGUUGCCGCUCUUGCUGACAACUUCGCAUCACAAUAUUCCAGACAUUCCCAACACUAACGCAAGCUAUCCCGGAAAACAAUCAGGAGGAGAUCCUAAUCAGAAAACGCAUCGACCGAAGGACAUUUGUACGCCAUCAGGAUUUUGUUCAGAAUUGAUUUUGUGGCGUGUGGAUGCCGUAGGACCCCUCUCCCAAUCCGGUGGAGUCAGUGAAUUGGCUCGAAUCAAUUCACCAGAGAUAUCUGCAUUCAGUAACGUGGCUUGGAUACCAACACUACUUCCCAGCACCACGUUAGGAAAUUUGAGCAAUUCUUCGUCUGCGUGCUUUGUGGCAAGUGAUGGCGAAAGUCUACGGGUGUAUCAAGCGGUCAUUGACGCCAGAACGCUUCUGGCAGAGAUAUCCAGCUCAGAAAGACGAUUCCGUCGAAUGGACUCGUUGGUAUCACUAUCUACCGAAUCUUCAUCUGAUAAUGUACCCGGAACCCAGUCAGCCUUGCACGAUAAGAUCAAAAUUGUUUCGCAGCAGUCAACGGCUAGGCCGGGAUGUAUAAUACAACUGGAUGCAAUAGACGAUGCUACGCAUGACUGGCAAAAUACCCAGCUUCUUCAUGUGUUUCAGGAGCAACUCAUUACUGGCGAAAGAUCCGAGGAGCCUUUAUUUACUGGUGGCGAUAGCAAGCAUUUCGGACUGAUGGAUGGUCAAAUGGGAGCUAUGGUAGAUUUACAGCGAAACGCCCAAUUUGAAGAACCUUUCUAUCUAGUUGUUCUAGAGCGCACUAAAAUAGGAACGACCGUGCACAUGUGGCGGAUUGUGAUUGCGUCACAGCCGGCUGCACCGGAUGAAAUGAGCAGCAGCAUGAUGUACGUUCCUGAUAGCAACUUAGUGCAGGACUUGGAUGACCCAGAGUUCAUUCAUCGAGCUUCUAUGGCGGGCAUUCAAAUACCAGAGGAACCUAAGAUUCCCGUUGAUCAGAGCCCACACGUAAACAUUUCGACGACAAAAGUUUGCACUCAAGAGCUCCCUUUGCCAGAUGGAGUGGAUGUCAUUCACGCUGCUCCCGCUGCAGGUCAUCUGAGUUCGUCCUCGAUUUAUCCAGCGUGUUUUGCACCAUAUAUAAUUGUUACGGCAUGUUCCGAUUCGACAGUUCGUUUUUGGAAGUGCAAGGCUCCCAAGAGUGACGCCAGUAUUGAAAGUAAAUUGAACUUCAAAUACGAAUGGUUUGAAUGGGAAAUGAUCCGAAAGGACCAGGAAUCGACCAUCGACGUCAACGGACAACUGUUGCACAUAAGUGCCGCCUAUUCUGGAAGAAUCGCUUGUGCAUACAAAUAUGGCAAAUCGUUCACCAGACCAACUAAGAGCAGUGAUCCGGAAUCGCGCUACGUAAACUUAUGCGUGGCCAUCUACGAAUGUGAGAGUACGGGAGGUAGUGAGUGGGUCCUAGAGGACACCAUUCAUUUGAAGAACAUCCACCUGCCCAGAAUCCAAAUUGAUCCUCAUCUAGAUUUGAGUUAUCUAUACGACAAUCGAACAUUACAGAAAAAACAAAGGCUGAACCAAAUGUUACAGACGCUGUCCCACGAAGACACACGAACUAACCGCAAUGGGGAUGUCACACCGGAAUUACUUACCAAGCCAGGCUCAGGUUUGCUAGCUGUGCCAAGUUUCAGUACGUUGCAAUCGCUACGGAAAAGCAUCACCGAACAUGGAAACACCUGUCCGCUAACACAGAAGCAUCUCGUUCAGCUCGAUUGGGUGUCCAAAGAAGAUGGAUCUCACAUUUUGACCGUGGCAGUUGGUAGCAAGAUUAUGUUAUUUACUCCAGUUUCUAGCGAUCUAGCGCAAUCGAACAUGAAGGCUAUGAAGGAGUCUCAGUCUUCGAACCGGCCGCUCCUUCGGAAAGCAAGUUCACUUGCCCAGCCCCAUUUCAAUGACGAAAUACGAUGGAUGAAGCUGCGUCAAAUAGAAUUGCACACGGCAGACAGUCUGCCACCACUGCCAAUGCAGAUAUCGUGGGUUCGCGAUGGUAUUUUUGUGGCCGGAAUGGACUCCGAAAUGCAUGUCUACUCUCAGUGGAAACCGGAGAACAACGCAAUAAAUCAUAUGGGUAUUGAAGAUUUGUACGACAAUCGUUACUUGAAGGAUGAAGAUCUUCGCUCGCUCGCACAGGAGAAUACUCAGAGACGGCUGGCGAAUGUAUCGUCGAUGCCUGUCCUGUCUCGUGUCAGUUCCAUUAACCUUCAAAUGCUCUCCAAUGAUGGUAAAAAGAAGAAACCGGGAACAGCCAGCACCGGUCAAAUUAACAGUAGUAAUGAACAUCAACAGCCAGUGCACGACUACAUGACCGAUUAUGGCUUAUUCGAGGCGUCUAGAAUUGCGUGUCCAGUAUUACCGCAAUACCACCCGAAACAGCUCAUGGAGCUACUCAACUCCGGUAAGAUUCGGUGGGUUAAAGCUAUUCUGGCACAUCUGGUCCGGUGCAUCAGUGGUUCCUACACUAUUCGUGGCAGCGGGGGUGAUGAAGAGAGCCUCAACAGACAGCGUGGUUGGUCUAGAUCUCGCACACUUUCUGUUAGCUGUCCAGCAGGCACUGUUAGUCCUCUUGAACCGAGAGGGUCGACGACACAGAUUCCCGAAGAAUUGACACUGGAUUACGCGGAAAUAACAUCGAUUCCGCCAUUACCGCUGUGGACUCUUCUGGCGGCUGACAAAGAAACGAUUGGCACAACAGCGCAGCAAAGCGAAGAUGUAAAGGAUUACAAUGAUCUCUUUGAAAGUAAUGUUGUUGACGAGUCACUGGACGAUUUGCUUGAAGAUGAACCCGAUGUUAAUCGUCACGCGGAUCGUCGUUCUUCCCUACCGGAACGACAUUAUUUGUCGCAUUUCGGACCACGACAAGGUCAACUUUUGUCUCGCUUACUGACACAUACCCAUCUUCCGGGACUUUCAUCUCUUGACCAAAUGCAUCUGCUGGCACUUGCUGAUACGGUGUCCACGUGCAAUACGGACUUUGCCGAGCGGUUCGCGAUUGACGCUGCUAAAAUUGCCAUUGCUAAGGAAAAUCUCACAGGGGUACCAAAUACCGAAAACGUUUCUACCGACUCGUUGGAUGAUCGCGGUUUGCGUUUCCUGCUUGCCAUGAAGCACUACAAUUAUCUGCUCCGGUGUUUACCGAUCGCCCAAAGACAAUCUUUCCAAAGACAAGGGGUGGGGACUGCAAACAUCGUUUGGGCAUUCCACUCCGAAAGCGAGGAGGAACUGCUCAACUUUAUUCCCUCGUAUACAAAAGGCCAACCAAAGUGGCACGUGUUGAAGGAGUUGGGUGUUGGCUGGUGGUUGAGAAGCAAUACUAUACUGAGACAGUGCAUUGAACGCUUGGCGAAAGCAUCUUUCCAAGCCAACCAGGACCCAUUGGAUGCUGCACUGUAUUACAUGGCUAUGAAGAAAAAAUCAGUCGUUUGGGGACUUUUCAGAUCGCAGAGGGACGAGAAGAUGACGUCUUUCUUUGCAAACAACUUUAAUGAGGACCGUUGGCGAAAAGCUGCUUUGAAAAAUGCAUUUGCUCUGUUGGGUAAGCAACGAUUCGAGCACGCAGUGGCAUUCUUCCUGCUUGCGAAUUCCCUAAAUGAUGCUCUCGAGGUAUGUUUGACCAAGUUGCAGGAUCUACAGCUGGCGCUAGUUAUUACUCGUUUGUACGAAGGUGAACAUGACGCUACGCCGCCAAGCUUUAAAAGGCUUCUGUAUGAAGAAGUUCUUGGCUGCGAUAAGAAUGGUGAGAAUCAAGAUCUUUGUCGUGCACAUCCAGAUCCGUUCCUGAGAUCCAUGGCUCUUUGGAUCCUAAAAGACUAUACUGGAAGUUUGAGCACUCUGUUGAAUAGCAAUACUGGCAGUAUGCAUCCGCUAUUUGAUGACGAUAACGCUGCGACUACUGCGGAUGGAUCUCAUGCCACUAAUCCAAAUGUGUUUAAUUUCUACGUCUAUCUACGCACACACCCCUUACUCAUCCGUCAGCACAUUGCUUCUUCAGCACAAGACAAGAAACGUGCUCAAGUGGUUCUCGCCGGAUUCAGUUACGGCAGUGAAGCAGCAUCUUCGACGAAGCCCAGUGUAGCUACCGAUAAGCAAAUCCAAUUGGAAGAUUCCAUUACUCCCUUGGAAAGGCAACUCUAUUUCACAACGGCUCAUGCACAUUUCAAGGCUGGGUGUCCGGCUCUUGCUUUGGAAGUGCUUAGUAAGCUUCCGUCUAAGGUCAUUGACCAGGACUCUACCAGCCAGCUACAAAGUCCCAAUGAUACCAAAACACAGUAUAAUUCAAUCGCAACAGGUAUACUUGACUGGAGCAAAACUAGUCAAGUCGAUUCUGGAAAGGAGACUUCAAAUUCAAUAGAUUGGGGUGCACCAGCUUCCUCUACGGCCGUUGAUUGGAGUGCGCCUGCUGGUGGAUUCGAUUGGGGUGCUCCAGUAACAUCUCAAGCAUCCAACAGUGCAGAUGACUUUAAAAUUGAGUGGGAUGACGAUGAGAAGAAUGAAGACGAUGAAGAUAGUGACGAAGGCAUUCAGCUGAAAAAGACCGACGUUGAAGAAAAGAGUGACAUUAUAGAAGAAGAGGAACCGGACUCAAAAGGCAGCUUGGACAUCAUGGCCCAACAGCUCAAGUUUAUUGCAUGCUUGAAAAUUCUCAUGGAAGAACUAUCAACACUUGCUACUGGAUUUGAAGUUGACGGAGGUCAGCUGCGUUAUCAACUGUAUGUCUGGUUGGAACGAGAAGUCGAAGCACUGAAGCAACUUUGCAAUUACAGUAGUGGCGAUUCGGACAACACAGCAAUUGAGGACAAUAAUACAACUGAUGCAAUAGAUCGAGACACUCCGGUGUUGGCAAACAAAUUCCCGCAUGAUAAACCUACUUUGCAUGAAAUUCUAAUUCAGGAGAAACAAGACUUUGAAGCUAAAGUACAGCGUGCAGCUAGAAGGAAACGUUGGUUGAAAGCCAACGAAACACUACUGAGAACCUUGUUAAGUUACUGUUCCCUACAUGGUGCCAGUGGUGGUGGUUUAGCGUCGGUUCGAAUGGAACUGGUGCUACUGCUGCAGGAACUUCAACAGGAAAAGACUCAGCAACAAUUGCUAAGUCCUCUGCCUUUCCCCACUACCCUGCCUCUAUUAAGUGCUUGCGUGGCUGGCAACAAGACAGUUAUUGCUGACCCCUUGCGAUAUCUGCAAUCUCACACCCACGAUAUGUUACAAACCAUGGUAGACAUGAGAAGUCCGCCACAUGCUCAACGCACCAUAUUCCCGAAUGGUAUAUUUGUAUUACGAGAUCUAGGGGUUGCCCUUUCUGCUUGUAUCUACCAAUCUCUCUGCGACUCUGACACCUUCAGCGUAAAGCAACUAACGGUCAGCGAAGGAUGCCACAGUCCAGGAAUGGAAACCAUUGCCAAAUUAAACGCCAGCUGCCAAAGCACGCAUCUAAUGGCAAAUGCUGCCGCACACCAAAGACGACGCAAGUAUUCGACUGACGAACCACUCGCUGUAAGUACGCCUCCUUCCAAAUGGCCAGGUGUAACCAAUCUCCGGGCGCUUCUUGCGCGCGAAAAGGACGAAGACACACCUCGGUUGAAUGUUCUGCUGUGUGAAUCAUUCGUUGCCACCUACAUGGCUCUUUUCGUGUACGCUCUGACCACCUGCGACUGUCACAUAUUGUAUCGAUUGGCUGGACAAAAUUUCACAGACUACACAUGGUCAACGCUGUACGGCGGAGGCGUUAAGAAACUUCUCCGUAAGGCUACGUCACAUGUGCAGGCUGCACAACAGGUCGUACACGCGCAGGUCCAACAAGAAAGUCUGGAAAGCCCGGUGGCCGAUGGAAGCGUCUGGGGGGCGGUUACUUCACUAACGAAACAGCGAGUGAAACUGAACAUGAAAUUGCUUGGGCAUUUCGCUGGACCGCAAGGUCCGGCUAAUAUGAAGGAGGAUAAGCCUACUUAUCGCGAGCAGUUCGUUCCUCCGGAGAUGUCGAUGGUGGCGUACUUCCUCACGAAGCCGAUUCCGAAAGGUGAUCCCGACGAAGACGACUACGAUUCAGCCGAUUCUGCCGUGUCCGAUUUGGACGAUGAUGAAGACGACGAGGAUGUGUUCAACGACCCGCUGAACAACGAUCCCAAAGCGCACCAGGUUUCUGCUGCUGUCAGGAAGCAUCGACGUGAAAACACGGAGCACUCCAAUCCAAAUUCCUAUUCCUGGUGUGUGAUGCGUUUGGCAUUGAUAAGGGUUGCACAAAAUCAUCUACAGACGUUUAUCAACGUGGCUGGGAUCGAGAUGCAAGAACUGCCGGUUUGCAGUCCAUUGAUACAUGGAAUCCUUCGAUCAUUAUCAUCGUGGCAAGAUUUGCUAAAAGAAGAUUUAGAAAAUCGUGGUCCCGCAUCGGUUGAUUACAUUCCAGGCUGUUUUGUUGAAUCUGAAGCAAAAGGGCCAGCAAUACACAAGUAUCGGUCAUUGUUGGAAAAGUCUAACACCCCGUUUAGCCCAUGUCUUUCAUCCGCUGCACCUGCUCGUAGGCUGUGGAACUAUCUGGUACGUAUCGAGCUCGUGCAGGACAUCUUUAUUCGAUCAGUAUUUGGCAAGAAGAAACCGUCGCCCAACGUAACCGACACCACGAUCGGCUCGAUAACCAACUCGGCCAACGAUUCAGGUACGCCGAUCGGAAACGAGUCCGCAAUGCCGCAAACCGGUGGACACACGCAACUACACAACAUUCCAGAACCCGUUCGAAUAAUACAUAAGGAUCAAGAGCAGAUAUCCGCAUUUUGUCUGAAUCUGGUGAACCCAGGUUUGCUGGCGUUGGCCACUCCACGAGAGGUCCAAGAAAUGGACAUUUCUUUGCUACUCGAGUCGCCUAACUGGAUGGAAGAUGAGUGCGAAAUGGACAUCAUGAACCUUACGAAGGAUAUCGAAACGAUCGCGUCGAGCAACUUUUUGGUGAUACAAACCUCCACAGAUAAACAUUUAGUCAACGCCAGUAUCAACGCUGCACAAAAUUUCGGUGUUCCAUCUAGUCCCCAACCUGGCAUUGCAGGACAAUCUGGACGAGGCGCGUCCGUGAUAAAAGGAGCAACAUUCCCCGGAAGUCAGUGUCCACGCUUCUGCAAACUGGUCAUUGAGCGUUCUAAGCACUUACUAAAACCGGUGCUCAAACAUAAAGUGGACAACAUAAAGCGCAUGAGCGCCCACCCGCUCAUGCCGCUCUAUCUUACCGGUGGCCAAGACGGGUCCGUUCAGAUGUGGGAAUGGGGUCAUCAGCAAGUGGUUUGCACGCCGCGGCCACCCGGCACGUUUGCCAAGGUCACUCGGUGUCGGUUCUCCCAGCAUGGAAACAAGUUCGGCAUAGCCGACGGAGACGGCAAACUGAGUUUGUGGCAAGUGGGAUUAGCUAGUCAGAGCAAUAGACCGUUCUUUACAUAUUUAUGCCAUAAUAAGGGAAUCACUGAUUUUGUGUUUCUCGGUUCGUGUAGUUUAGUGGCGACAGCCGGCCACAGUUCGGAAAGUAAAAAUGUUGCCAUAUGGGAUACACUCCUACCCCAGAAAAAAGCUCUUGUGUCGGCUUUUACUUGUCACGACCAGGGUGCUUCUAGUCUUGCGUACGCUCCACAACACCAAUUGUUGAUUUCUGCUGGCAAAAAGGGCGAUAUAUGCAUAUUCGAUGUGCGACAACGCGUACUUAGACAUCGUUUCCAGGCCCACGAAAAUCCAAUCAAAUGUCUGGCUAUUGAUCCGCAUGAGGAACAUUUUGUCACAGGGUCAGCCGACGGUGAUAUAAAGGUCUGGGGCCUAACAGUCCACACGCUGUUGUACAGCUUCAUGGGCGAGCAUGCUCGCUCAAGUUUCUUCAAGCACAUUGGCCAAGGCGUGACGCAGCUACAGAUAGACCAGGCUGGCCGCCUCUUCUCCUGUGGUGCUGACGGUUCUAUGAAGGUUCGGCUCCUACCGGAUCGGGAAUCGAUUGUCCAUUCGCUGUAUUAGUUGACUAGUUUAGAGAAUAUUAGGAACGGAAUCGCUGAUAACCAAGAUGGUGGAAACCAAUACUAUACAGGACGUUGCGAUAAGGUUUAUAGAACAAACAAAAUAACUAUACUGUGUUUAAAGUUUAAGAAGCGAGAACUCCUCUUGUAAGUGUUGUUGUAUUUGUAACGAAUAAUGAGAAUCAACAUCAUAUAUGCAUAUUUAUACAAUAUAGAAAAGCAUCGAGUAUUGAUAAAUUUUAUCCUUGAAACAUUUAAACAUAUUUUAACACAUUAAGGGACUACACACCUACCAGCAGUUGUUUUCAUCUGAAUUGUUAUCGAACGAAUCUACCACAAAACUUUCAAGUUAAACUUUAUUACUGUUCGUGCUCUUUGAAACUAUCGCUGUUGAAACUACCGAUGAAGCAUCAAAUACCUAACAUUAACAUCAGAGGAAAAAAAUCAUUCUUACCGCUGACAAUACCCAGAAUAAGAUGUAUUAAAUAUUAUUGAAUAAAGGAAAAUACCAAAAAAGUGAGUAGAAAAAAGGAAUACUAGAAUCAUAUAUUGAAACAAUAAAAUAGCGGACUGCAAGCGGUUACCUAAUAGGAGGUGAACAGAAGUAGCUAUCUAAUCAAUGAUACUCUAUAAACUAAAAGCUAAUAGCUAUUAUAAGUAAUGCUUGGUUUGAAUAACAUCGGCAAUGUUUUUUUUGCUUCUUUUUAACCCUGUAGUUGCAUUUAGGAUACCUGAUAUCUAGAUGCAUCCUUCAUAUGGCUAAUUGGAUUUUCUAUCAUGAUUUAUAUCGGUCUUAUAAUGUAAGGCGUGAUUUGAAAACUGUCAGCUUGAAAGUGGUUUGUAUACAUGAUAUGCAAACUAGUUAUAACAGGAUAUAGAGAGUGUGGGAUGCAAACCGAGUACCAGAGUAUUUUAGCGUAGAUUUUUCGAAUCUAGUGAUUUUUUUUUAAGAACCAUUCAAGUUUUUCUAAAGACAUAUUUCAUUACUUCCUAAAGAAGUUUAUUUUCAUUGAAAGUAGUCUUUAAGUGUUUACUGACUAACUGAUCGUAAUGGGGCAACCAUAAAUGGCAUAAUACCGUUUGGCAUACAGCCGUUUAGCAUAAUGCCUUUUGGUAUAAAGAGUUGAAUAGCCAGGGUCCAUUUGGCAAAAAUAAUCACAAUGGUUUUAGGGUCAUUUGGUAAAGCAUUAUAAAAACACUAGACAUACGCGUGCUUUGCAAGUCAUCUAUCUUAUUGCCUUAUUCUGGGCACAUUCGUGUUGAUGUUUCAUUUAAGGUGAUUAUACAAUUGAGUCAAAUUCAUCACAUGGUUUUCCACUCCCAAGUCGAUUUUUCAGCAUAAGUAAUCAAAAUGAUCUAUCAUUGUUUCACCUCUUGGAAAAAUAAUGGAAAAAGCACGUGGUUUCCAAACCAGACCGAAAAUAAUUAACUUAACAAAACAAAAUCUGCUCCGGCAGUAGUAUUCACUAGAAAUACUACAAUAAAAGAUGCCAUCUUGUUUCCAAUCGAACCGUCAAAAGCGGUUCCAAUUCGACUUGAUUACUUUUUGCAUCCAUAAGAAGCAAGCAAAAAGUUCAAGUGAUGCCGAUAUUAUUUUCACGAUUUCAUGCAUUUUCAUACGUUGCCAUUUCGACAGUUUUUCACUCCGCCGGUCUCUGGUUAUAGGGUGGCUAGUAUUCACCAACCUUUCUACCACUGAGCACACUCGACUUUCGGACUCUAUUUUUGAAGCUUUAUGUGAGUUACAUUUACAUACCAGAUAUCCUUUACAGGGUUAACAUUCGCAUUUCGUAUUAUGGAUCAUUUAAUGAUACAUAUUCUGAGUUCUUACUUUGUUGAUUGACGUGUCUGUUAACCGUUUUUUCAUCUUCAAGGCUUGUGUGUUUCAAUUUACAUGAAAAAUUUAAAUAAUAAUCUAUUUGGCUUGACUUGAAUACUAUACCUAAUCACAAUCAUUUCAUUGUUAAGCCGUUGUUGACGUGGAAGGUGAGCUAAACAACCCCGAAAGUAUUGAAACCUGAUACGACACAAUCACACGCUGCACCUUAAACACAAUUUAGCAUCGUAUAUUAACACCUACUCACAUCAUUCACACACUUGUAUUGAAAGAAAUAAACACAGUUAUAUACAAAAUCCACCUAUUUACAAUAAAAAGUAUGCAUAAUUGCUAGCGAUAACAAACAAAUUAUACUAACGAAUGCAUUAUUUAGGGAACGAUAGUAACCACAUAAAAGAAAAAUGAGAAAGUCAUGCAAAGCAUAUGUGCAAAUUAGUUAAAAUAAAAAGCAGCGAACGAAUAAUGCGAGAGGUAAAACUUAGGGAAUUUUUAUUUAUUUAUUAAUAAAUGUUUAUCGUUGAA